UUGUUAUGACGCGUUAUAACCGUUAGGUCGCAGUGUGCGUUGUAAACACGCAGCUCUAACUGCAAAAUCUCCAUUUUGAAUGUUUUUAUGGCAAAGUUAGCGCUUAUUCGCAGCUGGUUGAAAUAUUAAAGUGAUCGCAGGAAUCGAGAGGGCUGAUUUCUCUAAUCACUGGCGCUUGUUAUUGUCGGAUUUUAAUUGUGGCUGCACAGUUGUUUUUCUGCGCUGUUUUGAAGUUGUGAGAUUGUUGAAACCACUCGGCUGCAGGAGAAGUGCUCGGUGUUGCUAACGGCUAGCAGCGGGGGAUAAAAAAACAAAAAUAAAACAAAACCAUGUCAGAUGAUGCAUCAAAACAAAACAGGAACUUAAACACCGAAUGCAUUGAGAGAUGGAGCCGGGAGGUGUGAAGAACAGCACGAAGAGAGAUGAGCAUUUGAUGACGCUGAAUUUCAGCGAGAGCCCAGCUGAGGGAGUUUUGCAUAACGGAGCACGCAGCACCAUGUCAUUUGCCCCAACCACUGUAGUGCCUCCUGUCAGUCCCCUGUUGCAGCCUGUGACUGGAGAUCUCCCCAAUGGUGUGAGCAACACGCCUCCUCCAGAGGAUAUCACCAUCACCUUGCCAUCCCCCCUGGAGCUCUUCGUGGAGGAUGCGGAUCUGAAAAUGGUUGGGAAGGACUUGAGGUCUCAACAGUCCUUUCAGCAGCAGUCCUCCGUGGGGCUCUACAGCUUGGGGGAUAACUUCUCACGUCUGGAGGCCAGCAUCGCUGAUCUCAACAGCUCCUUGCCAUCUGUGGAUUCCUUAAUCGGAGGAGGGGAUCCUAGUCUGUUCCCCCUGAAAAAUGAGGACUUCUCACCAAUGGGGAAAGGGGAAAUGGAUCUAGAGCAGGAUCCUUUCGGGAAAGAUGUGGAUGCCAGUAACCCGAAGCUCUUCGGCGAGAACACCAUGGACCUUCUGCAAGAGUUCGACUUGCCCGAGUCUCCCACAGAUUUCUAUGUGGGAGAUGAUGAAUUCCCCCCGUUGGUCGAUGACUCUCUGCUAGGAGUCAUCGUUUCAGACAAGGACUCGAAGUCUGUAGACUCGGUGAGCACCAGCACCACCACUAACAUCAACAGCGUCAACGGUGCCACCAGCUCAACUCCCUCCAGUGUGUCCACAAACAGCCCAUCCCUGGUAGUCAAGCAGGAGAAGGAGACCAUGAUCCACCUGUGUACUCCGGGCGUGAUCAAGCAGGAGAACACCAGCGAGAGGAGCUUCUGUCAGAUGACCCCAGACCUGUCGAGCACAGUUAGGAACGUUUCCAUUGCCAUCUGUGGUGUCAGCACAUCCAGCGGUCAGAGCUACCACUUUGGAAGCCCCGUGUCCAGCGGCAGCCAGCAGAAAGAUCAGAAACCCGUUUUUAACGUGUACACGCCGCAGGCUACAGGUGACGAGUGGGGCCGGGGUUUCAUUAAUGCAAGCACGAUGCAGCAGAGGGCAAGCAACAGCUUCACCGCCACCCAGAGCUUCGGCACCAACUAUGCCAGCUCGACUGCCAGGCCUGAGGCCAACACUGCCACGUCCUCAGGCACAGGGAAGGCCAGCAGCACACACAAAAUUUGCCUGGUGUGUUCAGACGAGGCGUCGGGCUGCCACUACGGAGUACUCACCUGCGGCAGCUGCAAGGUCUUCUUCAAAAGAGCCGUGGAAGGGCAACACAAUUACCUGUGCGCGGGGCGCAAUGACUGCAUCAUCGACAAAAUCCGCAGGAAGAACUGUCCCGCGUGCCGUUUCCGCAAGUGCCUCAUGGCUGGCAUGAACCUGGAAGCACGUAAAGCCAAGAAGCUGAAGAUGAAGUGUGUACAGCAGGCGAACACGGCCGAGCUGUCUCCUCCUCCGAUGCCUGAGGUGCGAGCUCUGGUUCCCAAAGCCAUGCCGCAGCUGGUGCCCACCAUGCUGUCGCUGCUCAAAGCCAUCGAGCCCGAGACCAUUUACGCCGGCUACGACAGCACAGUCACAGACACCUCCACACGGCUCAUGACCACCCUGAACAGACUGGGAGGACGCCAGUUCAUCUCCGCCGUCAAGUGGGCCAAAGCACUGCCCGGUUUCCGGAACCUUCACCUGGAUGAUCAGAUGACUCUGCUCCAGUCCUCCUGGCUCUUCCUCAUGUCGUUUGGUCUGGGCUGGAGAUCUUACCAGCAGUCUAACGGCAACAUGCUCUGUUUCGCCCCAGACCUGGUGAUCAAUGAGGAGAGGAUGAAAAUGCCCUACAUGGGUGACCAGUGUGCACAGAUGCUGAAGAUUUCCAAUGAGUUUGUGAGACUGCAGGUGUCGAAUGAGGAGUACCUGUGCAUGAAGGUCCUUCUGUUGCUCAGCACAGUGCCAAAGGACGGUCUGAAGAGCCAGUCUGUGUUCGACGAGAUCAGAAUGUCAUAUAUUAAAGAACUGGGAAAAGCCAUUGUGAGGAGGGAAGAGAACUCCAGCCAGAACUGGCAACGAUUCUACCAGCUCACUAAGCUACUGGACUCCAUGCACGACAUGGUGGGUGGACUGAUGAACUUCUGCUUCUACACGUUUGUGAAUAAGUCACUGAGCGUGGAGUUUCCUGAGAUGCUUUCCGAGGUCAUCAGCAACCAGCUGCCAAAAAUCAAAGCCGGGAGCGUCAAGCCGCUGCUCUUUCACCAGAAAUGAAAAGAAAGGAAAAAAAACCCACCUUUUUUCGGCAGCGGGACAACAUGCCUUAAAGCUAUACCACAUCACCAAGCGUUCCUCAUGAACCACGCAGAGGGACGGAGAGACACAGUGGAGGUGGAUGAAGGGCUUGUGAGGGGAGGAGAUCAGGUAUUAGGGAUGGAUGGGGAACAGUAUGCAACUGAUCCAGCACAGAACAACGAUGGACAAGUUUAAAGACGGGUAAACGACAGGAAACUUGAUGGUGAAUACAGUCAGAAUGGAGGAUGAAAAAAAAAAAAAUACCAUAAAUGUUGUCUCAGGUGUUUGAUUCUCAACAUUACAAUAAGUAGUAAAGCUGUUUCUACACAAUGUCUGGGGGUUUCUUUUCGGAGCAAAAGCAACACCAUAGCACUUACUGUCAAUAUGCUCAAUUUGUAUACAUGUGUUUUAGAUUUUCAGAUCUUUAAUUUCUGUCAAAAAUACAAAUUUAUUAUGUCAUCUGAUAUGCAUCUUGUUUGAAUGAAUCAUUUCAGUAAUGUGUACAGCUAUUAUGGCUUUGACGUUGCUUGAAGUUGGAGAAAUUGAGUACUUAAAAAAGACAUAUCUUUUUUUUCUAUUUUAAUGCUCAUGAUUUGCUAACCGCUUUACUGAAUCUCACAAUUAUACAAUUAUAGCAAAAAGGGAAAAUAUGUGCCUUUUUUUGAGCUUUGUCCCAUUUUAGCCAUUCUUUUCUGUAACAGUUCAUACUGAGCAUUCUGCAUCCAUCAUGUUAGAUAUUAUAUUUGAUUGUAUUUUUAUACCCACUUGCACUGGCAGUUUAUUUUCCUUUUAACCAACAUGGCCGUAUUUUUGUUCCUGGCAGCUCCAUGAUGACGUAGCGUGAACUAAAGUAAUUCUUAUUGCUUACUGCGAAAUUUAGGAGUCUGAUCCAAAAUCCACAUCUUUCCCACAUUGGCCUGUUGGACUUUCUGUCGACUAAAAUGCAAUUUUAAGCACUUUUUCACUCCUUUUAAAUGCUUUAAAAGAAAAGGGCGACAUGAAAGAUUGCAGGUUUACGUGUGCAUGGUGGAGUUUGUGUUUUUAGUAUUUGUCUCAGAGAGCCAUGUUGAAUUUGCUUUUGUCAUUUGUUGAAUGGUGCAGGAAUGAAUUAAUGCAAUGUGAAUCGUGCUUAUGAUUUAUGCUCAUUUUUGGUCUUUUUGUUUUUGUGUUGUCAUUGCUGACAGCUGAUGUACGGAGGAAAAAGCCAAUCAUACAAACUAAAUAUUACAGACUCUCACUCCUGAAUAAUAAAUUGUCUAUUAAUCAUCUUGCAAAUACAGACAGACUCACUGAACUGUAGUGAAUGAAAUACAGUACAAUCAUUAUAGAGCUCUCUCUCACACACACACAGACACACCUGCAGCACCUGCCUCAGCUUACAUACUCGUAUAUGUUAUCCUGGCUCUGCUGUUUAAUCAGUCUAACUAACCCUUGUGGUAAUAACCUUGCUCAGUCCAUUUCUCAGAUAAAGAGCAACAUGCUAGCCUCAUACUCACUUCUCGGGGAAUUUCUACAAGCCUGUAUUUGUUGUAUUCUACUCUUUCUGUGCCAAAAUGUGUAUUACUUUCUGAUUUUUAGACGCGCAAAACUGUGCUUGUCUUAACAGUUGUCAAGAGUUCUGCUGAGCAGGAAUUGGAGAAAAAGAUGGAAUAUUUUCAUUUUCCUCUGUUAAAGCUUAUUACAUGUUUAAUACAUGAAUAAAAAGACCACGUUAUA